GCCUAUGGCAUCUAUCUAUCGCAUUACCUAGCCGACGACAUCUUCCCCGAAGCCUCUACCUGGGACUAUGCGUUCAUCGGUGGCUUCAACUUUGCCAUUGCUAUGCUCGUGGCACCCUUUGUGACAGUCUUCUGUCGCAGGUUUGGAACGCAUGUUGCCAUGUGCUGCGGCCUGGUCUUGCAGCUCGGCGGCUUCAUCGCUGCCUCAUUCGCGACUCAAAUCUGGCAGCUCCACCUCUCGCAGGGAGUCUUGAUCGGCUGUGGGAUUGGCUUCUUAUAUAUUCCCUGUCUUCCAGUCCUCUCGCAAUGGUUUGAUCGGAAACGAAGCCUGGCCAACGGUAUUAGUGCAGCAGGAUCUGGUGUCGGCGGCGCAGCCUUCACUUGGGGUACCGAGGCCAUCAUUCAGAGAUUCAGCAUUAGUUGGGCCUUGCGCAUCACGGGCAUCAUCGCUUUCGUGGCCAAUCUUACUGCGACGGUCUUCAUACGCGACAGGAACAAGGCCAUUCGGCCAUCCCAACUAGGCUUCGAUACCAAACUUCUGCGCCGCUACGAAGUAAUAUUGCUGCUUGCAUGGGUCUUCAUCAGCAUGCUGGGAUACAUCGUCCUACUCUUUUCACUCUCCGAUUUUGCACUGUCAAUAGGCCUCUCGCGAUCCCAAGCUACAGAUAUCAUCGGGCUUUUGAACGUCGGAACUGCGGUAGGGCGUCCAAUCAUCGGUAUACUGAGUGAUCGGUGGAGCAGGAUAGAUACAGCAGGAGCGUUGACCUUGCUGUGCGGUAUUUCAUGCUUUGCGUUCUGGCUACCUGCGACAUCCUACGCACUAACGGUGUUCUUUGCGAUUCUCUGCGGCGCGAUCGUUGGUGUAUUCUGGAUGACCAUUGGCCCGCUGUGCGUCGAAGUCGCGGGCAUCAAGAACUUGCAGUCGUUGCUCUCGCUGUCCUGGGCGGCAGUCAUUAUACCAGCAACAA